AUGGUGACACUCGAGGGGGGGAUGGCCCUCGUGAAUGCAUUUAACCUUAGCUUUGCUAGCAAAGAGAUCAGUUCCUCAUCUUCCAACAGUAUGGAGAUCUCCUACCGGCAGCCAUCACACGAAAUCGAUAGACGCAUGGUCCAUCGGCCUUACGGUCGGGAAUAUCGGGAGAAUUUGCAGAAGACCGUCGGGAAUGUGCGGGAAUAUGUCGUUCGAUUAGUCAUCGCUCGUCCUUCCCUUCACGUUAUUAAGAACGAGUAA